AUGACUCGACUCGGCUCCAAGGGUCGGCUAGCAUUUGGGUCACACGUGGGUCAAACACAGUUUCCUUAUUCUUUGCCAAAAGAAUCGCACCAGAAAUCUGAGUCAGGGGAGGCACAACUUGGAGAUAUUUUCACAGUAUGGGGAUAUAAUGGAAGAAUACUCUAUGAGAACAUUAUUGAAGUCACUGAAGAUUUCAACUCCAAUUAUUGUAUUGGUUCAGGAGGAGAUGGAAAUGUUUAUAAAGCUGUGCUACCCAUUGGUCAGGUGGUUGCUGUGAACAAACUUCACCAAUCUGAAGAUAGCAUGAUUUCCAACAACUUGAAAGUCUUUGAAAGCGAGAUUCAUGCUUUAUCAGAAAUAAGGCAUCGUAACAUUGUAAAGUUGUAUGGCUUUUUCUCAUAUCCAAAGAAUUCAUUUUUGGUUUAUGAGUUUGUAGAAAGAGGAAGUUUGAAAAUGGUGUUAAGCAACAAGGACGAGGCAAUGGAAUUGGAUUGGAAGAAGAGGCUAAAUGUUGUAAAAGGAGCAGCCAAUGCCUUAUCUUAUAUGCAUCACGAGCAUUCAUCAUCUAUAAUUCAUCGAGACAUUUCCAGCAAUAAUGUUUUCUUAGAUUUGGACUAUGAGGCUGAUGUCUCAGAUGUUGGCACAGCAAAGCUUUAA